UUGCCCAGGCGCGAGUUUCUUCCUGGAACUGGAGCUUAGCCCCUGGUCUUGCACAAAAUGGAGUUUCUUAAAUAAUGGAGUUGGGGGCUUUACAAUGUGAGAGGGACCUGAGGCCCAGACUUGGUCUUCUGGCUGGUCCUCUUGUUUCCAGCCAGGUCUGACUCUCUCCUCUGUGUGCAAGCUUACCACACUUUAAACUUUGUGUCCUCAAGAGAACACCAGGCCACUAGCUGCUGCCUGGGCACCCCAGAGACACCCGACACCCACUUACAGCCCAUGGAGGACCCUGUGGAGAUGGAGCAGCCAGCACCCCUGGGGAGUCAGUACCUGCCCUGGGCAGUUCUUUCUCUCCUCUACUCUCUGAUGGCAAUUAUCUCCUACCUUCUGGACAUGACCAGCUACAGCCUGCUUGUCCAGGCUGGAGGAUCCCUCCUUCCUGCCCCUCUGUCUGCAGCCUGGUUUGGCCACCAACUCAUAGCUGACAUCAUAUUCCUGGGACUCCUCCCGCUCAGCCUCACCUGGAUUCGCACCUGCUGGCCCCUGGGCCUCGCCUUCUGCCACCUGGACCCAUGUCUGGCCUUCUUGACCUUCUGUGCCAGUGGCCGGCUGCUGAUUCAUGUGACCGCCGACUGCUGUACCUCCUUGCUCCAGCCAUCCUGGGCACUGGGUCAUCGUAAAGUUCGCCAAGUGUUUGUCUGGGCUGGUGGGUGCUGGAUCCUUCUGCUGGACCUGGCUGGGAGAGCCCUGGGAACAUUAAGGGACCGAACUGGUCACAGUGACCCUUUCAACGGGACAAUGACCCUGGAAUCCCCCAGGCACAACCGGGACCCCUGGGCCUGGAACCCCACCCUGGAUCAGUUAGUGUUUGGGUUUGGGGUGCCACUGGGAGUACUAAGGGUCUUCCACAGCCUCGUGCGGGAGCAGCUGCAGCUAGCCAGGGUCUCUGUGAGGCCUCCGCUGCUGGGCCUGCCAGGGGCCACUACAGUCAUGCUGUUCGUCUGUUGGUUUCCCUUCCACCUUGUGCUGCUGCUGAGGUUCCUGGGUAUGUGGGGGUCCAGACUACAGCUGGAGGAAGUAUGGGUACUGCUGAGACCACUGGGGCUCGCUCUGCUGGGCUCAACUAGCGUCUUCCAUCCACUGCUGUAUGUGUGUGGGGAUGUGGAAAACCGGAGAAGGCUGGGCCAGGCCUUGUGGUUCCCUGGAAGGGGAGGAGAGGAGGAGGCAGAAGAACCCCAGGCACUGGAGAUGGAGGCUGAGAGGCUCUGCGGCAGCCUGAGGGAGCAGGGCACAGUGUUGGGUGUGGGGUUCCUGUCUUCGGAAAAUGUGGGGUGGGCUGAAAUGAAGGCACAGGUGAUGGAAAGUGAGGUGGGGAAGGAGAGAGAGGUUUAGAAAAGAG